CCCCCUCCCUCCUUCCUCUCCCCUCCCAAAGAGGCCUAGGGUUAGGGUUUUGCCCGACCCCGACUCCAUGGACCGCCUCCUCGGAUCCUUCCUCGCCUUGUCGGAUCCUGCCGUCUCCAUCGAUCUCUCCCUCGAGCGGAUCGUGGAUUCGAGAUGCAACGAGCCCGAUAAAGAUCGGGCCAUCGAGGCCGCGAUGCGGGUCGCAUCCGCUCUUCUCGAGUCGGCUAAGAGAUCCGCGAGGAGACGAGCGUCGAAGCAUAAUUCCAAUUCUUGGCCUUUACCUUUCGAUCUCACUGUGAAGGUAUUCUCCAUGUUAGAUACCCAAAGUCUUUGCCAUGCUGCAGCAGCUUGCUCAUUGUUCAACAAGUGCGCAACAGAUCCUCUGUGCUAUGCUGAUAUCGACUUGACUGCCAUUGUCCCAAAAGUUAAUAAUACGGUUGUCUCUACAAUGAUACAGCGAGCAGGGAGAAAUCUUCAGUCACUUAAGCUUGGGAUAUUGCCUACUCCAAGUUCGUUGUCAGAGUUUGCUAGAUGCAUGUCAUAUUCCUCUAGAAAUCUCAUGGGUGCUCCAAGUCUGUCACGGAAUGAAAGGAGACUGAGACAAGGGAGAGAGUCAUCUGUUCUUACAAGGUCUUGCCUUUUGGCUUUAAGUCUGGAUGGUGGUGCUGCAGGGGCUCUCUUGAGAAGGUUGCAUCUAUACAACAUUGACAAAAUGGACAGUCAUGCUCUUUGCACUGCAUUAUUUGCAUGCCAAUCUCUCCUUGAUCUGGAAGUUGUUGGCCUCCAUGUCGAGCUAAAGAGAACAUUGGAUGCAGUGAGCACAAGCUGUCACUCCAUUGAGCGGUUAUUCAUUGAGUCCUCUGAUGCAGGAAGAGAUGAUAGUUUGAAUUCUGCUGCCUGUACUGAUCUGGUAAAUGGUUGUCCUCAUGUAAGAUCCCUUGCACUCAGAGGGUUCAAGCUUCAUGAUAGUAAAGUUCGGACACUGGUUAAGGGAUUUCGCUGCCUGAGAGUUGCUGAUUUUUCAACAUCAUUCUCAAUCACUGGUAUCUUUUUGAGGAGCCUUGGAAGUGGUGCAUAUGCUCAAGCACUGGAGGUCCUGAUUUUGCGCGACUGUUUGCAUCUCAAAGAAGUGGAAAUCUCUAAUUUCUUAUUGGCAAUUCUUGGUGGUGACUGCAAACUACUAAGAUAUUUGGACGUAUCUAACAAGGAUGGACUUUCUUCUGAGGAAGACUGGAACGAGAGGUGCUACAAUCCCAGCAGUACUGAGAUUUUACGAGUUCGGGAAGCAAGGCCGGGCUUAUGCUUACUUGCCAACUUCCCCCCUGAUGGAAGCUUCAUGGAUAUUGAGCAGGCCAAUGAUAGUGAUAUAAGUAGUGGUUCCAGCUUGGAUAUUUGUAAUGGGGAACUGAGUCCACAGUAUGCUAGCCCACUUAAUAGUAGCUAUAGCAGUGAUCAAGGAAGUGGAAAUGAGGGUUUCCAUGACGUUAAUUUUGCUUACUAUGACGGAGAUGGCUUUGAUGAGCCAGAGUUUCAAUAUGCUUGACGAAAGCUGGUGAACCACUGCUAAUUGAUGCUGCACCAGCUCAGUGAACAUGACCAACAUUACAGUUUCAAAUAUCAGUGGAAUGGGUAUAGAUUGGAAGUUCCCAGAUUUGACGUAGCCAAUCCGAAACCCCCCUUAUAGUAGGCUAACUGGUAAGCUGAUGCAUGUAGGAUUAGCUAGUUCUUGAAUAUUUUUGUUCAACUUCGAAUCCACAAUAAUUGGAACUUUGUGAGAUAUCGCUUAAAAAUAAGAAUCAAACUAACUUACAACUGCGAAAGUUACCUUGUCAUCUACAAGGAAGCGUUCACAGCCCCAGAAGGUCCGAUUAGACUGGAAGGAUUCUCAAACAUGUUUUUGAGAAUUGUAUGCCAUUUUUUGCCUUGAAUAUCUUUUUGGGUUUUCCGACAUUAAAUCUUGAAUAUUUUGAAAUUAGUUCCGCGAAUAACUGAAAUUGGUAUUCGGUCCCCCAAUUCUUAAAGUUGUUUCAAAAUUUGUCCAUUCAUUAAAAUUGCUAUUUGGUCCCCCAGUUAUAUUAUCAUAAGUUGUUUUCAAAUUAAUCCCUCCAAUGAAGAGUAGAAGAGUAGAAGUAGCAAUGGAGGGAUUAAUUUGAGGCAGCUUAUGCGAAUUGGGAGACCUAUGAACAAUUUUGAUUAUUUGAGAGAACGUGAUAGCAAUUUAAAUGAUUUGAGGGCUAAUUUUAAAAUAACUUGAGAAUUGGGGACCUAAUAGCAACUACAAUGAUUUGAGGGGGUAAUUUCAAAAAGAUAUUAAGGGACCAAGAUUAAGGGAUUAAUUAAAGAUUUUAAAGUAACUUGUUUGUUUCUCAUUAAUUUAUUUAUUUUAGUCAAAAUAUUAUUAUCUGGUUAGUGUAAUAGCAUGCUGUUAACAAAUUUCAACCAUUUUAUGU